AUGGCCAUCUCCGCGGCAAGGGGGGAGGAUCUCCCAGCUGCAGCUCGCAGAACGUGGGGAGCCUCACGCUGCAUGCACACCUCUCCAGACGGGGUAGUUGAGGCUCCAAGAACAAGCCCUGCAGCCUGCAGCGGCGGGGAGGCUUUGUUGCAAAGCCUUUCUUCCCUAGAGUUGCGAGAAAUGUCUCGAGCCUUACGACAGACGGCAAUCGCGUUCGCUGCCUCCUCUGCGCGCGUCGAACGACACUCUAAGGAAUUCCUGUGUUUGUGUAGCCUUGCUGCUGCUGCCGCUGCCUCCUCCAAGCGUGACACAGCGCCCCCUCGUUCAGAAUCAGCAGCCAUCAAGACACCUGCAGAUCCCCUUGAAGCAGCAGCGGCACCUUGUAGGAGCAGCUCCUCUGCCACUGCUGCAGCGGCCUGCCUCUUCUCGCAUCUCCGGAAACACCUGCAGCAACAGCAGCAGCUGCAGCAGCAGCAGCUGCAGCAGCAGCAGGUGCUGCAGCUGCACGAAGGGGGCCCCCGGGCUGCUGCUCUUGCAUGCAACGCCUUAGCGAGGAUUGCGCAGCGUGCCGCUCCGCGAGACGCAGCUGCUGCUUCCCACGCCACCACCAUGCGGCUGACCAUGACCGAGUGCGUUCUUGCCCUCUCGAGAAGCAGAGGGGCCCCUUGGGGGGGGGCCCCUCUCAGCCAGAUGAACGAGCAGGACCUAUCCCUUCUGGCGAACGCUGCCGCUGUAGCAGCAGACUGCUCAGACGCCGCUGCCGCUGCCGCAGCAGCCCACCUUCUUCGGCCGCUGCUCGCAGACAUCGUCAGCGUCUGCUGCAGCUGCAGCCCUGUCAGUCGCGCAGAGGAAAUCGGCGAGAAGGAGGCGCUCGAACGCCAGCAGCAGCAGCCCCCCCCCAUGCUGCAGUCCAUGACGCCUCAGGGCCUGAGUCUGCUGCUCGCUGCGCUGCAGCGGCUGCAGCUGCCUCUCCAGUCGCUCCACGCCAGAUGGCUUGCUGAGAGAGCUGUUCAGAUGCUUCGUGCUACGCAGACGCAGGGCACUGUUGCUGUGCCUGCACCUCCCAAGGUGGCUGGUGCGAAGGCGGGCUCUCGAGAAAGCGCUGACGCCUCACGCGGCGACGUCGGAGACAGAUGCACAGCCCAGCAGACCACGCUGCUGCUGCAUGCGCUUCACCAGCAUCCCUCAUUUCCUCAGCCUCUUGUAGCUGCAGCAACUGCCGCAGCAGCGGCGCUCCUGCGGCAACACGCAGCGGCAUUCAGUGUUCAAGGGCUCCUUUUGUGUCUUCGCGCGCUUUCUCGCGGAAGGCGCAUUGAUUCCGACACCUUCGAGGCUCUGCCUCGCCACGUGGUGCAGUGCUGCUUUUCCGCUGCUGUGGGGGCUUCAGCUCCUGCGUCGUGGCAUGGCGCUCUCCUGCUGCAUGCAGUACAGCAGCUCCCCUGCCCGGCGUCUGAGUCUCGCGAGCAGCCGCGGAGGCCGCUUGGCGGUCAGAACUGCGUGUGGACGCUGCUACAGCCGCUGCUUCGGCAGCAACACUGGAGCUCCCCGUUCGGCGUAGCUGCGUAUUCCCCCGAGUCGGAAGCCUUGAAAGAGCUCACGCUGCGGCAGCUGUCGCAGCAGCAGCUGCCCGCUGCCGCCUUGCUGCAGGUAUACGCAGUGCUCCUCCACGUGGCACUUGAGCUGCCCGGCGGCCUCCCAGCUUUGCCUUUAGGGCUUCUGCGAGCCGCCGUUGUGCUGCUGCAGCUCGCAGAUGCGGCGCUGCACAAACUGCUUUGGGGGCAGCAGGUGCAGCACCAGAUGCAGCAGCAAGCGCAGGCUCUGGACGCGGCUGCCGAGGACGCGUUGGUGCAGGAGACACUGCAAGAGCUCCCUCAAGGCGAGGGUGUCUCGAGCUCGCUUCUGCACAGCGCAGUUCUCCGCUGUCUUGAACAGCUGCAGAAGCAGCAGGACUGGGCAGUCGCCUCAGAGACGCCAGCAGGGCCCUACGUGCUGGAUAUCCUGCUGUUUCACGUGUCGAGCAUUCCAGGAGGAGCCUUUGCCCCUGCAGCAGCAGCAGCGGAGCCGACUAGAGUGGCCAAAACACCCUACAGUGCAUGUGAAAAGGACGCGCACCAAACGCACAACGCGCUUCACACCAAUCGGAAGCCCCUGGCUGCACGUGCGUAG